CUGGCGGGACCGGGUUGCCGCGCUGGCCUUCCGAGUGACUCUGCCAGCGGCGUCCCUCGGUUCUCCGCGCGGCGAUGGCUUCCUUCGUGACCGAAGUCCUGGCUCACUCGGGAAGUCUGGAGAAGGAGGAUCUGGGCACCCGCAUCAGCCGCCUGACCCGGCGGGUGGAGGAGGUCAAGGGAGAGGUGUGCAACAUGAUCAGCAAGAAGUACAGUGAAUUCCUGCCUAGCAUGCAGAAUGCACAGGACCUGGUUACCCAGGUGGAUAAGCUAUCUAACGACAUUGACCUGCUGAAAUCCAGGAUAGAGAGUGAGGUCUGUCGGGAUCUUCAUGUAUCAACUGCUGAGUUUACAGACUUGAAACAACAGUUGGAAAGAGACUCCGUUGUCCUGAGUUUGCUUAAACAACUGCAGGAGUUUUCUACUGCUAUUGAAGAAUACAGUAGUGCAUUAGCAGAGAGGAAAUACGUCAGUGCUGCUCAGCGUCUGGAAGAGGCACAGAAAUGCUUGAAGCUGUUAAAGUCCAGAAAGUGCUUUGAUUUAAAACUGUUGAAAUCUCUCAGCAUGGAGCUCACAAUACAGAAACAAAACAUACUUUACCACCUUGGGGAAGAAUGGCAGAAGUUGAUCAUAUGGAAGUUUCCUCCAUCAAAAGAUAGCAGCAGUUUAGAAUCUUGUCUGCAAACUGAACUUCAUUUAUGCUCUGAACAAUCCCCAAAAGAAGAGACGACGACCCCUGUUCCUUCCAUCAGUUCUGUCCUCUCGGCACUUUCUGUUCUUGGAGAACUUCACACCAAGCUCAAGUCAUUUGGUCAGAUGCUGCUGAAGUAUAUCCUUAGACCUUUAGCAUCUUGCCCAUCCCUUCAUGCUGUCAUAGAAAACCAGCCUCAUGCAGUUAUUGUUCGCUUUCAGUCUCUGAUGACUGACUUGGAACAUCCAUCACCAUCUGAAGUUUAUGCAAAGAUCCGAAUAGUCCUGGAAGUACUCCACAAGCAGCUUCUAGAUUUGCCUCUUGACACUGACUUAGAAAAUGAAAAACCACCUCCUACUGUCAUCUUGCCUGAGAUGCUUGGUGAUGUGAUCUGGGAGGACUUGUCUGAGUGCCUCAUCAAAAACUGUUUGGUUUAUUCCAUCCCAACCAAUAGCAGCAAGCUACAGCAAUAUGAAGAGAUCAUACAGUCUACUGAACAAUUUGAAUUGUCCCUAAAGGAGAUGAAAUUUUUAAAAGGAGAUACUACUGAUUUGCUGAAAUAUGCCCGGAAUAUCAAUUGUCAUUUUGCUAAUAAAAAGUGCCAGGAUGUGAUUGUGGCCGCCAGAAAUCUAAUGACCUCCGAAAUUCACAACACUGUGAAGAUUACUCCUGACUCUAAGAUGACUGUGCCAGACUUACCUCAUCCCAAUGAAGAUGACGAGCUGCAAGUACAGAAGGUGUCCAAAACGUGGUACAAUGAAGCUGUGAAUUUGCAGCCUGAAAAUACAUUGGAUCCGCAUUCCUUUUCUUUACCUACAUGCCGCAUCAGUGAAUCUGUGAAGAAAUUGAUGGAACUCGCCUAUCAGACUUUACUAGAGGCAACAACUAGCAGUGAUCAGUGUGCUGUGCAACUUUUCUAUUCAGUGAGGAAUAUCUUCCAUUUGUUCCAUGAUGUUGUACCAACUUAUCACAGAGAAAACCUUCAGAAGCUUCCCCAGUUGGCUGCCAUUCACCACAACAACUGCAUGUAUAUUGCUCACCACUUGCUGACCCUGGGCCAUCAGUUUAGAUCACGUUUUGCCCCCAUCCUUUGUGAUGGCACUACUACUUUUGUGGAUCUUGUACCUGGCUUCAGGAGACUUGGGACGCAGUGUUUUUUGGCCCAGAUGCGGGCACAGAAAGGUGAACUUCUGGAACGAUUAUCAAGUGCUAGGAGCUUUUCAAACAUGGAUGAUGAAGAUAAUUAUUCUGCAGCAAGCAAAGCAAUCCGGCAGGUACUGCACCAACUGAAGAGACUUGGAAUUGUGUGGCAGGAUGUCCUGCCAGUGAAUAUAUAUUGCAAAGCUAUGGGAACUUUACUAAAUACAGCAAUUUCUGAGAUCAUUGGCAGAAUUACUGCUCUUGAGGACAUCUCUACUGAGGACGGUGACAGAUUAUAUUCCUUGUGUAAAACAGUGAUGGAUGAAGCACCCCAAGUAUUUGCACCUCUGUCUGACGAAAGCAAGAAUAAGAAAUAUCAAGAAGAGGUUCCAGUUUAUGUGCCAAAAUGGAUGCCUUUCAAAGAACUAAUGAUGCUACUGCAGGCUAGCUUGCAAGAAAUUGGAGAUCGGUGGGCAGAUGGUAAAGGACCUCUAGCAACUGCAUUUUCUUCCAGUGAAGUAAAAGCUUUGAUUCGUGCCUUGUUCCAGAACACAGAAAGAAGAGCCGCUGCCCUUGCUAAGAUUAAAUAGCCCCGUCUUCCUGAGAAAAAGCCAUGUCUUCACUCUGGAUUCCUCCUUUGGUGUAAUUAUUCCCUUCAAGACCUCGUAAUCACCUAUUGGUUUAGGUGAAUCGCUAUAUCAUGGAAAUAUGACUUUACACAAGAACUUCUUACCUCUUGGCCUGUAUAAAGCAUUUUGAAGAUUUAUGCUAAGAUAAGAUGUUAAUUUGAUCUCCAGCACUGCAAAAAGGAAAAGAAAAAAAAAAGCCAAGCACCGCGCCUCACUUCAUGGACUUUGCUGUGCUCUUUUGACAAGCAUGAAGCCAUAGGGCAGCUAUUUUAAGCUGCUUCCAAGGCCCACUGGGAACUAUGCACACUAUAAUUUUAGGCCCUGGUUUUGUAGAUUCAAAAGCUAGGGUACAGAAUUUGUGAGGUAAUUUCUUUGUGGGUACUAGGGAUACCUUAUUUCGCCUUGGAGGAAUUAGGAAGACCUCUUGUAAUACUUCUUUCCAGUAAAUAAUAACUUUUAGAAUGAA